AUGGCGGGAUGCAUGAAAAUGAAAGAGGAGUUUUAUUUAGUAAAUGUAACAAAUGUCGCGUUUACGCUUUUAUUUGUAUCUUCGUUCUUACACUUCACAUCAGCUACACGAAACAUCAUCGAAAUUUCAGAUGGACAGGAAGUUAAAACUGAGGAAGCGCGUCACUUCUGCUACCUGAAUUCAGUCUCUGUUCCUGGAUGGAGGGAGACCUGGACCAGAAUACAAGUUCACGUAUGGAGCUCCAGGCAGCUGAAGGUGACGGUUGUAAAAGACGAGGAGGAGCUGGAGGAGCUGGAACAUUUAAGUUUCUGGUCCAUCAUUCAGCACUUUAUUCAUGAGCGGACCAACGAGAGCACCGUGAGCGUCAGUCUGUUCCAUCAGAAGACCUGCUUCCGCGUCGACCCUUCAGAUCCCAAAACCAUUUACACUGUAAAACCCAGCAGACAAUUUGAUAUCUACUUGUUCUUGGUGUUUGCUGCUGGAGUUCUGCUCUUCUGCUUUGCAGAUCAUCUCAGCAGGAGUCAGGUGUUCUACUAUUCAGCAGGAAUGAGUACCGGCAUGAUCGCCUCGCUCAUUAUCAUCAUCUUCGUUCUGUCACGUUUUAUGCCCAAGAAAGGCCCCGUGUAUGUGCUGUUGGUGGGAGGCUGGUCCUUCUCUCUGUAUGUGAUUCAGCUCGUGUUUAAGAACCUGCAGGUCAUCCUGAAAGAACACUGGCCCCUGGUCAUCGGUUACACUGCGGUCGUCGGCUUCAUCAGCUUCGCUGUGUGUUAUCGUCACGGGCCGCUGGUGGAGGAGCGCAGCAUCAACAUCCUCUCCUGGACGCUGCAGAUAUUUGGAAUGUUGCUGAUUUACUCCGGCAUGCAGGUUCAGCAGGUGGCGCUGGCGAUCAUGGUGGCUGCUUUCUGUGCCAAGAAUCUGAAUUAUCCUUUAUCUACAGCGUUAAGUGUUUAUCAAAAGCUGAAGCUGAAGCUUCGCUGGAAACCGGAGCCUCGGAGUCUGUUGACGGAGGAGCAGUAUCAGAAACAGGCCGAGGUGGAGACUCAGAAAGCUCUGGAGGAACUGAGGAAGCACUGCAGCAGUCCAGAUGUUAACACCUGGAAAAUGGUGUCCAGGCUGCAGUCUCCCAAAAGGUUUGCAGACUUUAUCGAGGGCUCCCCUCACCUGCUGUCCAAUGAGGCCUCGGUCCACGCUCAGGAGUACGGUCUGGGCUCGUCGUUCUUCGAGGACGAUCUGUUUGACGAGGAGGAGGAAGACUGGGAGACGGAUGAUGAGAAACCACAGGUCUCUUCUCCAUCAAACCACACGCCAAACAGGACCUGGUCUGACGGCUCCUGACCAGGACGAUGAAUGUGAAUAAACAGAUUUGUGAUUUUACUACCACAGCACUGCAAUACUGAUUAAAUCCAGCGCAGAUUCUUCUCAGCACUGAGGGUCUGAUUAUAAAGUUUCAUUUUGUGUUAAGACGAGAAAACCAGUCAAUUUAACUGGUUCUGUUCCAGGGGGUUUUAGAACAUGGACUUAUUCUGUCAUAAUACUGAGACUUUGGUGGAUUUUUCAUUUUCCCGGCUGUAUUCAGGUCUCUGUUCAGGGUUUAUUUUAAGUAGUGUUUCUUUUGUGUUUUAUUCCGUGACCCGGACACGUUUUGUUGUAUGUUUUUUAGACCAUUAAAGAAACCUUAUCUACAAGCACCCAGAAUUUAUUUUUAUGAAACAAUA